CCGUCACUGCUUCGGGCACCAAAGCUGGAUUUGAAGCGGACGUAGGAGGGAGUGUUUUUUUCUUUCUUUCGUUAAAAUGCAGUCGUUGUAACCUUUCAUUUUGAAAUGUCUUUAACUUUGAAAGCAAUGCUGCGUCCAGGGGUGAUAUGUGAUCGCAUACUAAAUUGGUGCUGAUUCAACCAAUUAGUUUCUUGACUUCCUGAGGAAGUUUGACUUGUUGUAAAUCAUUGAUCUAGUUUCUUACAUUUUAAAAUUAUAUAUAUGUGUGUUACUGUAUACCAGAAAACAGUUCUUUGUAGGUAGUGUGUUUGGGACUCUUUGGGAAAUGCAGUGCUUUCUAAAUUAACACGUGUUGACCAUUUUCGGGAGGUAAACUUUACUGUGGCUGUUUCGCCAGAGUGUGUGCCAAAGUAACCGUUCGCCACGAAGAAAAUAAGUCUUGACUUUAACCUUAUAACCAAGGCUUAAUACGAAAUAUUCUUUAUUUUUACUUUCAUGUUUCGGACAUUAAUCGUAUAACAAUAUUCAUGAUAACUCCGUAGGUUACUUGCUUUCUGUUCAAAACCAAUAGAAUUAAAAUGCAGGAGGAAACGAAAGGUGCUGAUUUUGAAGUAAAAGAGGAAACUAAUACUUCGGUCUUACAAAAACCAAAAACAUCUGACGGACAUGGAUUUUAUGACCGCUCGGAUGGAAACGGCGCUGAUAAACCAGCCACUCGUUUGUACAAACGCCGAUGGGUUAUAGUAUUCCUUUUCAGCACUUAUUCGCUCUGUAAUGCCUUCCAGUGGAUCCAGUACGGAAUCAUCAGCAAUAUCUUCAUGAAAUUCUACAAAGUUGACUCUUUCACUGUCGAUUGGAUGUCAAUGGUGUACAUGAUGACUUACAUCCCUUUUAUAUUUCCCGUAACGUGGCUUUUGGACAAAAAGGGUUUGAGGGUCAUCGCGCUCGCAGGUACCGCCGCAAACUGUAUGGGGACCUGGAUUAAAGUGGCCAGCGUAAGACCGGACCUGUUCUGGGUGAGUGUCCUUGGACAGUUCUCCUGCUCCCUGGCCCAGGUCUUCAUCCUCGGAAUGCCGUCCCGGAUCGCCUCAGUUUGGUUCGGCUCGAAGGAGGUGUCCACAGCCUGUUCAAUCGGAGUCUUUGGAAACCAGCUGGGUGUGGCCACUGGCUUCCUGAUUCCCCCCAUGCUGGUGCCCAAUGUGGACGACGUGGACCAGCUGGCUCACCACAUCAGCGUCAUGUUCUAUGGGACAGCCGUGGUGGCCACAGUGCUCUUCAUCCUGGUGAUGGCAUUUUUCCGGGAGAAGCCAGACGUCCCUCCCACGCAGGCCCAGGUGAUGGCGUGCAGCAUGUCCGCAGAGUACUACUCCUACGGAGCCUCUAUCCUGAGACUGCUGAGGAAUACAUCCUUCAUCCUCCUCAUUGUUAGCUAUGGGUUGAAUGUGGGCUGCUUUUACGCUGUUGGCACCUUACUGAACAGAAUGAUAAUUGCACAUUACCCUGGCCAGGAAGUGAAUGCAGGCAGGAUUGGCCUCACUAUCGUCAUUGCUGGGAUGAUUGGCUCCCUCAUCUCUGGAAUUUGGUUGGACCGCACAAAGACCUACAAGCAGACAACGCUGGCUGUGUACUUCAUGACAUUUGUGGGGAUGCUGGUCUACACUUUCACUCUGGACCUUGGACACUUAUGGGUGGUCUUCAUCACCGCGGCAUCACUGGGGUUCUUCAUGACAGGCUACCUUCCCCUGGGCUUUGAGUUUGCUGUGGAGCUGACGUACCCUGAGUCUGAGGGCACCUCCUCAGGGCUGCUCAACUGCUCGGCACAGGUUUUCGGAAUCAUAUUCACCAUCUGUCAGGGGAAGAUCAUCGACUCCUUUGGCACCCAAGCGGGGAACAUCUUCCUUUGUGUCUUCCUUCUCACUGGGACCAUCGUAACCGGUUUCAUUAAGUCAGACCUUCGGCGGCAGCAGGCGAACACGCAGGCUGAGACUGUUGCCGUGGGCAGUGGGCCCCCAGCCCGGAGCUAUGAGGCCACAGCCUCCAUCAGCUCUCUGCAUAAGGCCAAAGACCCCCUAAUCCCAGUCGAUUAAACCCUAAUACAGGCAGGCCAAGAUCCUGACAAAUGAUUUGGAGAUCACCAUCCCCAUCGCUGACCAAAAUGAGACCAAGAUGUAGCUCUGAGUACUAGCAUGUGUGCAUGUGCACACGUACACACACACACACAUGCACGUACGCACGUACACACACACACACACACACACACAUGCACGUACACACAUGCACACACGCACGUACACACACACACACACACACAUACACGCACGCACGUACACAUGCACACCAAAUCUCAGCAAAAAUACCUACAGUGUAGACACCCUCAGUGCAUUCCAGCAGACACAGGUGCACAUCAGCACAGUCAUCCCCAUCUAUGAGAGAACUCUUUUGCCCAGUAUCAUGUCAAGUUUAUCUAACAAAUACACACCUCCUGAGAGACAGCUAGGAUGGAGAAUGUGUUCAAAAGUAUGCAGUGAUUUAGCUAUUAAUGUGGACCCAGACAGUCCACAUUUCUGCUCCCUCCCAGCUCCCAGCACAUGAUUGUUUGGUUCAGGUAUGUGGCAUGUAGGGAGGGCGCAGAACUGUGGGGGUUUGGGGGUACCCAAGUACCUGUGUUUUUUUUUUUUGACAUUAAAUUUAUUUUAUUUAUUUGUACUUUAAAUGUUUACAAAAUAAUGUUUACAGCAUGUUGUGAAACAGAAAUAUUAUGUUUUAAGCAGAAGACUCAUUGGAUGGUGGAAAUAAAGGGGGACUGGUUUUGCUAUA